GUCAACUAACAAAUUUAAAGUUUGUUUCGAUAUUUCGUGAUAUAUUUUGUUUAAUUUAAGAGACUUAAAUAAUAUUUUCACGAUGCAAGCAUUUCUAAAAACUGGUAAAAUAUCAAGUGCAGAUAAACCUUCUUCAUCUGGAGUCAAAUCAGUAAAAAAGAAACCUCCAGCGCCAUGGGUUGAAAAAUACCGGCCUAAAACAAUAGACGACAUCGUUGAUCAAGCAGAGGUUGUACAAGUUCUUCGCGAGUGCUUGGCGGGAGGAGACCUACCGCACUUGUUGUUCUAUGGUCCGCCAGGUACAGGCAAAACGAGUGCAAUUCUCGCAGCUGCGCGUCAGCUCUUCGGGGAUAUUACUCGUGAUCGCGUCCUUGAACUUAACGCAUCAGAUGAACGUGGUAUCCAAGUGAUAAGAGAUAAAGUUAAAUCAUUUUCACAACUUACAGUCAGCAGUACAAGGCCCGAUGGUAGGCCAUGCCCCCCCUACAAGCUGGUGAUACUAGAUGAAGCGGACUCUAUGACGACAGCGGCACAGGCAGCGCUGCGUCGGACCAUGGAAAAAGAGACUCGCACAACUCGUUUUUGUCUCAUUUGCAACUACGUCUCUAGAAUCAUACCACCUAUUACAAGCAGAUGUUCUAAAUUUAGAUUUAAACCACUUGCAAGAGAAAAUGUUAUAAAGAGACUACGGGAUGUUUGUGAAGCAGAAGGUGUAGAUGUAGGCGAUGGUGAGAUCUUACAUGAGGCAGUUGACACAUGUGAAGGUGACUUGCGUCGUGCACUCACAGCUUUACAGUGCUGCCAACGCUUAAUUGGAAAGAUAACCUCUGAUGGAUUAAUUGAGGUAACAGGGCUUGUGCCUCAAAAACUGACCGAUGAGUACCUCGGCAUCAAAAACUACAGUGAAUUAGAGAUAUUUGUUGAAAAUUUCCUCAUGGAAGCAUAUUCAGCGUCACAGCUCUUGGAACAACUGAGCGCUACCGUGGUGAAGGCUGGUCAUCUCACCAACAAACAGAAAUGCGUUAUAAGUGAAAAAGUCGCCGUGUGCUCGUAUCGGCUGCUGGACGGCGGCGCGGAAGUCAUGCAAUUGACUGAUUUAGGUUGCACGAUAAUUAUGGCAAAUAAUGAUCCAUAAUUAUUAUUCCAUUAUAAAUUCACAUUUUGGUGUUAUUUCGAAGGUAAUUUCAUGAGCGAAUUAUGUUUAUCAAAUAAGGAAAAAUAAUGUUUGUUAAUCAGGGAUUCUUAAAGGAAUACUAUGUACAGUCAGCAUCAAAAUGUAUACAUUUUUGAUUUAUUGUUUUGAAUUCAUGGCUUAAUACCAAAACUACCAAUUAUGAAAUAUAUUGUAGAACAUAUAAAACUAUUAAUAUUAAGUUUUUAUAUUCGUUAGAAUAUACCAGUAUUCCGAUGACUUUCAUAUGUUUGAAAACAGUGCGAAUAUCUCGAGAACUAAGGCACUAGUGACGUCAUAUUUGUUAUUUUUGAUCAUCAUGAGCUAGCCUGCCAGCAAGUACAGGGCCGGAUCUAACAUAUGGCUUUUUGAGCUUCAGGCCAGGGCCCCGUGGAUUCAAGGGGGCCCCAGCUAAGUUAAGUCAAAG